AUGGCACCUGGAAGGCGGGACUUGACCAACGACGAGCGCGAAGCGAUACUCCGUGAAACACUGCUGAAGAGCGACGGCAGCUACGCUUCAAGACUACCCAAGGGCUUUGGCCCGUACCUCGCAAGCAAGUACGAAUGCAACGUGUCGUGCAUUCGAAAGAUCCUUGCACGAGCCAAAGACCAAGGUGUCGCCACCGGCAACAUGCAGGUUUCGGUGGCCAACAAGAAGAAAGGCAAAGUAGGGCGAAAGCAUGCAUUCACUGCAGCCGAGGAGCAAGGGCAGGCCGAGGUCCACCGCGAGGACGGAAGGUCCAUCCGAUUCAUUGCCAAGGCACUUGGCAAGUCUCGCGAAGCCGUGAAAGAACACUUAGAUUCCCCCAGCACCUAUGGGGACCGUUACAAGGGUCGCCCUGGCAAAUUGCUGUUGGCGAGGGACCGAGUGCAUCUCAUCCGCCGCGCUGCUGCAAGUGGCCAAAUCUCUGGCGCCUUGCUCGCCGACCUACCGUUCGAAGUGAGCGCUCAAACAGUUCACCGUGAGUUUGCUGGGGCCUUGCAAUUGAAGUAUAGCAAGCUGAAACACACAUCAGUGCUCUAA